CUCCGCAUUGGAAUGAAACUGCAGAAAAAAACCUGGGAACCCUGGCAGAUGAAGACAAUACAUUGCAACAGAAUAGCAGCAGUAAUAUCAACCACAGCAGUGCAAUGCAGAAAGAAAUCACACUGCCUUCAAGACUGGUAUAUUACAUCAACCAGGACUCAGAAAGCCCUUAUCAUGUUCUUGACACAAAGGCCAGACACCAACAGAAACACAAUAAGGCUGUCCAUCUGGCCCAGGCAAGCUUCCAGAUCGAAGCCUUUGGCUCCAAGUUCAUUCUUGACCUCAUACUGAACAAUGGUUUGCUGUCUUCUGACUACGUGGAGAUUCACUAUGAAAAUGGGAAACCGAUGUACUCUAAGGGUGGAGAGCACUGUUACUACCACGGAAGCAUCAGAGGUGUCAAAGACUCCAGGGUGGCUUUGUCAACAUGCAAUGGACUCCAUGGCAUGUUUGAGGACAACACCUUCAUGUAUAUGAUAGAGCCGCUGGAGCUGAUUCAUGAUGAGAAACUCACAGGCCGACCACACAUAAUCCAGAAAACCUUGGCAGGACAAUAUUCUAAGCAGAUGAAGAAUCUCAGCACAGAUGGCAGUGACCAGUGGCCUUUGCUACCUGAAUUACAGUGGCUGAGAAGAAGGAAGAGAGCAGUAAAUCCAUCACGAGGUGUGUUUGAAGAAAUGAAGUAUUUGGAGCUUAUGAUUGUUAAUGAUCACAAGAUGUAUAAGAAGCACCGCUCUUCUCACGCGCAUACCAAUAACUUCGCAAAGUCUGUGGUCAACCUUGUAGAUUCUAUUUACAAGGAACAGCUCAAUACCAGGGUUGUCCUGGUGGCUGUAGAGACCUGGACCGAGAAGGAUCAAAUUGACAUCACCAUCAACCCUGUGCAGAUGCUGUAUGAAUUCUCCAAGUACCGGCAGCGUAUCAAGCAGCAUGCCGAUGCGGUCCAUCUCAUCUCGCGUGUGACAUUCCAUUAUAAGAGAAGCAGUCUUAGUUACUUUGGAGGUGUGUGUUCUCGCAUCAGAGGGGUCGGUGUAAAUGAGUAUGGUCUUCCAAUGGCAGUGGCACAAGUGUUAUCGCAGAGCCUGGCUCAAAACCUUGGAAUCCAGUGGGAACCUUCUAGUAGGAAGCCAAAAUGUGAAUGCAUAGAGUCCUGGGGCGGCUGCAUCAUGGAGGAAACAGGGGUAUCACACUCCCGAAAGUUCUCAAAGUGCAGCAUCUCCGAGUACAGGGACUUUUUACAGAGGGGUGGCGGGGCCUGCCUUUUCAACAGGCCAACAAAGCUGUUUGAGCCCACAGAAUGUGGAAAUGGAUAUGUAGAGGCCGGGGAGGAAUGUGAUUGUGGUUUCCAUGUGGAAUGCUAUGGAGUUUGCUGUAAGAAAUGCUCUCUCUCCAAUGGGGCCCACUGCAGUGAUGGCCCCUGCUGCAACAACACUUCGUGUCUUUUUCAGUCCCGGGGGUAUGAAUGUCGGGAUGCCGUAAACAGCUGUGAUAUCACUGAAUAUUGCACUGGAGACUCUGGUCAGUGUCCACCAAAUCUCCAUAAACAAGAUGGCUAUGCCUGCAAUCAAAAUCAGGGUCGCUGCUACAAUGGGGAGUGCAAGACAAGGGACAACCAGUGUCAGUACAUCUGGGGAACAAAGGCUGCAGGGUCAGACAAGUUCUGCUAUGAAAAGCUGAACACGGAAGGCACUGAGAAGGGUAACUGUGGCAAGGAUGGAGACCGAUGGAUCCAAUGCAGCAAACAUGACGUGUUCUGUGGAUUUUUACUGUGCACCAAUCUUACUCGAGCACCAAGGAUUGGUCAACUUCAAGGAGAGAUCAUCCCGACGUCCUUCUACCAUCAAGGCCGAGUCAUUGACUGCAGUGGUGCUCACGUAGUUUUAGAUGAUGACACAGAUGUGGGCUACGUAGAAGAUGGGACUCCAUGUGGCCCAUCCAUGAUGUGUUUAGAUCGGAAGUGCCUACAGAUUCAAGCCCUAAAUAUGAGCAGCUGCCCACUUGACUCCAAGGGUAAAGUCUGUUCGGGCCAUGGGGUGUGUAGUAACGAAGCCACCUGCAUCUGUGACUUCACUUGGGCAGGCACGGACUGCAGCAUCAGGGAUCCAGUGCGGAACCCCAAUCCCCCAAAGGACGAAGGACCUAAGGGUCCUAGUGCCACCAAUCUCAUAAUAGGCUCCAUCGCUGGUGCCAUCCUGGUAGCAGCUAUUGUCCUUGGGGGCACAGGCUGGGGAUUUAAAAACGUCAAGAAGAGGAGGUUCGAUCCAACACAGCAAGGCCCCAUCUGAAUCAGCCGCACUGCAGGCAUGCCACCUUGUACUGUUGGGUUCUGGGUAUGACAUGUUUCAACCAUGCUGCCAGAACUCUUAAGUCUAUAAACAAGACCACUGGGUGGUAAUGACCAUGGAGCUCAAAUGUGGGAAUGGGGAUGGGGUACAAGACAACUGCCCCUUUGAAAAUAACUUCAAGUAAACCCUCCUAUCACCUGUCAACAAAGGGGAGGGAGUUAAGGACCAUGUCAUUAAAAAACAAAACUGUUCAGAAUCCUUUAUUUUUUCUUUUUAACAAAAGGAGAAAGGAACAGCAGCAAAGUGCAAUAAAAGAACACAUAGCAAAUGAUUUCCCCCUUAGCCUGCUGACACUUAAUAUCUUCUAAGUGAUUUGGCAUGAUUUUUUCCCCUUUACUAUCAAAGACAAACUCCAGUGGCAUGAAGAUCCAAUUUUGGAAAGGGUAAAAACUGCAUGGCCUAUAUAACACCAAGCUAGCAAGCCGAUCUUCAGCAAAACUUACAGUGGAAUCCUAAGGGGAAGAUGACAGAUGAACACACGGAAGCUGCCUGGGCCUGGAUAAUGCCUCCCUGCUCCAUCCACUCCAUCAUAUUGUAUAGUUCUUUUAUAAAUGUAAAUAUGGAAAUAAGAGAUUUUGACAUGCCAUUUUCACUUGUCUGUACUGAAAUGUUUUCCUUGCAAAGAUCUUCUCUACAUGUUUGUUGCUUAAUCCACGUCCUCCUUUUCCUUCUUUUAUCUCGUUUUUUCCUUCUUUUUCUCUGUCCUCUCUUAUAACAUGUCCAGUGAUUGUUGGACUUGCUUAACAAGGUAGAUGUAGCCCCAGAUGCAGGAAGUUUGGGUACAAAACAAAGCUAGUAUGCUUGAAACAAAAAAUAAAAAGUGGGAGGACAUAAAACAACCCAUAUCAAGAACACAAAAGUUAUGUAAAUGUGAGUAGAUAUGUACUGACGAGUCUAAAAUUUUUGGUGUCAUCCUAAGCACAUGUAUAUAAUGUAAGAAAAUGGAGACCCUUCUCGAAUUAAUCACAAAAGUGCCAAGCUCAUAAUUUUAGUUUUUGGUUUAGCCAGUUCUCUUUCCCUAUCUUAAAUGUGAAAGGAGGAGAAACUUAAAGCCUUAAAUAAAAAUUAGUAAUUUUUAAAUGUUGAAAGCUUGGAGAAAAGUUAAGCUUUCCAUUCUGUUCCUUUGUAUUUUUGUCAACUUUCAUUUAUGCUUCAUCUUUCUGCCUCAGAAUCUGUGUGACAGAAUGCCAGUGUGGUGGGGCAGAUAGCAGGUAACCUUCUGUUCAUUUCGGCCUGUCAUUUGGCAUGGUGAUUUCCAGAGCUCGCUUGCCCCUCGGUGUUUUUCUGGCCCAUGGACUUUGGUGGACUGUGAUGGGAUUCCACUACAUUGGAGCCCACUCUCUUCUUUUUCCUCCAGUAGCUGGGGAGAGAGAUUCUUGGCCUUCCCAAGACUCUCUGAGUUUCCCUCAUCUUCACCCAUCCCUUCUUUAAUGUAUUGCUAGGAUAGCUUCCAUUAAAGUGUUAGGGGAACAAGUUACUGAAGAAAUUCCCGACUAGCUUUGUUUUAGAUGUUUGGGCUUGUACACGGUGGCUUCAUCUAGAAUCAGACCCCUAAGAGGCCCUACUUUUCACUGUCCCUCUUUCAGGAAGAAGACAUCCAGUUCAACUAUGCAUUUCUUCCUGGUAUUGGGUUACUUUCUACAUUUGGCUCUAAACCCUUUCCAGUAAGACUCAUGCAGUAAGUUUUACAACAUUUUUCUUGACUAGUAGGGAGGAUUUCCUGAAAAUGGACUGCUUAAAACUGGAGUUUCCCCUCCCCCCAAGAUAUCUUUAGUUACUGAAGUUUCACACGCAUAGAGCAGACAUCUUGAUUGCUAUAUACUACCCCAGACCAUAACCUAACAUCUUAAUCCCUCGGAUGGCUUUCUGAGAAACAGGUGCUAUGCAGGUAUGCAGUCUUUUGCUUGAACUUGCUGUUUGCUUAUAUAGUGAUAACAGGGCUAUCUAUAAGGUUUAUUGGCCUUAUUCCUGGUUUUAUAAGACACAGGUUGUACCCUUUUACUGAAUGGCAGUGGCUUAGCUUGGAGGAAGUUUGGAGGAAACUCAGAUGACUUGGUAUCUCUCCCUGUUGUUGCAUUGCUUAGGGGUCCACUUCACUAUGAGAUACCAAGCAGCUGCCAACCACACCGUACUCAUUUCCCUACUAUUUUCAAGGCACCGUGGUGACUUUAUUCAACCCAAAACCAUGCCAGUUACAAAAUAGAUCUCUAUUGUUAACUUUUGAGCAUUUCACAAACAACAUUGUAAAUGUGCGAUGUUAUGUUUUAAAUCAGACCACAGUGGUCCCCAAAUAUUAUGUACAUACGACAAAUGUCAGUGUAACUUUUUGUUACACUGUCAGUUUCAUAGGUAACCAAACCUAUGCUCCAAUGUUAAAUUAUCUGUGUGUAUGUGUAAAAUGCAGAAGCUUUAAACUAUGCGUGUAUGGACAUGAAGGGUAGUGCAAUCAUACUGUACACAAUGGGUUCGAAUCAUUUUCAGUGGCAUUAGGUUAUGUGGUUUCAGCCUCUUUGCUUCAUUUUUUCUUGCACAUGCCAUUCAUUUGCUUAUUUUGUGAUGUGAAUACUUUUUCUUAUUAAUUUGAAUUCAAAGCACAAGCCCACCAUUGUUUAAUAUUACCCAACAAGAGUGUUAAGUGAUGACCAAGUUCCCGUUUCACUUGCUAUCCUUUUGCUGCGAUAAUUAAUGACGCUUGGAUGGGGAGGUGUGCGCUAACUUUGUUGCUCACCUGGGGUAGUGCAUGAGCCCUCUGAAUUAGAGCUACUCCUCCCAGCUAAGUGAGCAGUACACAUAGGUGCAUGAUUGAAACAUGAAUCACAUUAGAGCUGUGGCGUUUUUGCCAAGUGAUGUGCUUUCUUUUGUUUUUCCUAUACAAAGACAGGAAAUGCACAAAACGUUUCGAAGAUAUUUCAGAAGAACUUUACAACAAUACUUGAAUUCUUUCUUUAAUCAUCCCAUCCCAUUUUAAAGUCGUUGAUGAUGCUUCCAUUGUUAAUUUUAUUUUUCCCCUUCAACUUUAAUGGUUUAUAAAACGUACAACCUGAACUUUUGUUUGAUAAAUUCCAAUCCUGUUGGCUGCCUGUGAAUGGAGAGUCCGUCAUCCUUAUAUGCAUCUUUUAGUUGAGUGUGCAUUAAAACUUUUAUUAAUGUAGGAUGUUG